UAGAGAGUGGAGCAGGGACUGAGCUGUGUGUGCAGUGGACUGACUAAUCUCUGGACUGCAAAUCAGAGGAAACAAUAGAUCCCUAGCUGCCAUGCACUGAAUGUAUCUGUUGGAGCACAGAAUAAGAUAUCACAGGGGUGAAAUAAAAAAAAAUCUGCAGUUGAUCAAGUCCUUUUAUAGAGUUCUAGAAUUCUUUCUCAAACUUUAUUUUUAGUUUGGUUUUUUUUCUUUUCUUCUUUUUUCCUGAAUCACUUAAAGGGAGAGGGAUCUUCAAGCUGUGCUUUGCAAGGAACAGCAAAAGGGGAGAAAAAGUUAGAGAACCAUGACAUCUUUGCUUCUGGUUGCCAUUUGGACCGGUCUGAUGGUUAAUAUGGGAUGUUGCAUGCAGAGGAAAGGAUCAGACAGCAGUGGGAGAAGGUUUAACAGGAUUCAGCAUGGACAGUGUACGUACACCUUUAUCCUGCCCGAGCAUGAUGGGAAUUGUAGGGAGAGCUCUGGUACUUCAGCUGCAGAGUCGCUGGACAUCAAUACUUUGCACAUUGACCAGCCACAAAUGGAUCAAGAUUUCUCUACCCAGAAAAUCCAACGACUGGAACAUGUCAUGGAAAAUUACACUCAGUGGCUGCAAAAACUGGAGAACUAUAUUUUGGACAAUAUGAAGACCGAGAUGGCUCAAAUGCAACAAAAUGCUGUGCAGAACCAUACAGCGACCAUGCUGGAGAUAGGAACGAGCCUCUUGAGUCAAACGGCCGAGCAGACGAGAAAGCUUACAGAUGUUGAAACACAGGUUCUUAAUCAAACAUCGAGACUAGAAAUCCAACUGUUGGAAAAUUCACUAUCAACAUAUAAACUUGAAAAACAAUUAGUACAGCAAACACAUGAAAUUAUAAAAAUCCAUGAGAAAAACAGUCUUUUGGAGAACAAAAUGAUAGAACUGGAAGAAAGACAUAAAGGAGAACUCGAUGUUCUGAAAACAGAAAAGGAAACCUUGCAAGGUCUUGUCUCCCGUCAGAACUACAUAAUCCACGAGCUGGAGAAACAAUUGACGAGGGCCACAACGAACAACAGCAUUCUGCAGAAGCAGCAGCUUGAGCUAAUGGAGACCGUUCAUACCCUGAUUAAACUCUGCUCGAAAGAAGGAGUUCCAUUUAAGAACGUGAAACGAGAAGAAGAAAAGCCAUUCAGAGAUUGUGCUGAUUUGUAUCACGCUGGCUUUAACAAAAGUGGUGUCUACUCCAUAUACAUUAAUAAUGUGUCCGAACCAAAAAAGGUUUAUUGCAACAUGGAGACUGCAGGAGGAGGCUGGACUUCUAUUCAACAUCGAGAAGAUGGCAGCGUUGAUUUUCAACGAGGAUGGAAAGAUUACAAAAUGGGGUUUGGCAGUCCAUCUGGUGAAUACUGGCUGGGGAAUGAAUUUAUCUUUGCAAUAACCAGCCAAAGGCAGUACUCUCUGAGAAUUGAGUUAACAGACUGGGAAGGCAAUCACGCACACUCACAGUAUGACCGAUUCCACAUAGGAAAUGAAAAACAGAAUUUCAGAUUAUAUUUGAAAGGCCACAGUGGAACAGCGGGAAAGCAAAGCAGCCUUAUAUUGCAUGGAGCUGAUUUCAGCACAAAAGAUGCAGACAAUGAUAACUGCAUGUGCAAAUGCGCUCUUAUGCUAACAGGAGGUUGGUGGUUUGAUGCCUGUGGUCCUUCCAACUUGAAUGGAAUGUUCUACAACGCAGGACAGAAUCAUGGGAAACUGAAUGGAAUAAAGUGGCACUAUUUUAAAGGUCCAAGUUACUCUUUACGCUCUACGACAAUGUUGAUUCGACCUGCCGAUUUCUAAUUGAAAAAAAAAAAAUAUAUAUCAACCUGAAAAGACAAUGCAAUGGUUAUUGUUUUUAGAACCUUCAUUUCAAAUUACGGAAGGAAGUGACGUCAAAGCAGCAGCAGGAGAAAUUGACUUUCUGAGCAGCUACAAACGUUAAGCAAGAAAAAUAAAUGUACCGCCCAAAAUUCAUGAAUUUGUUUUAUGACAAUACAAACACACAUUUGAUCUUUGAUCCUUCCUCAAACCCAAGCACCUAGAAGUGUUUGGAAUAUUCUGGACUUUUUUAAAUGUGGGACUUUACCAUUUUAUCAUACAAACUAAAUGCAUUUCUAGGGAUAUACAUCCCAAAGACACAUUUUGAGUACAAGAUGAAUGGAUAGAACGUUCAAGACUUAUAUUACGACACAAUCAGUUUGGACAAAAAUACAACAUGCUCAAACUUUUCCAAGUACCCAUAUUGGACGAUGCAGAAAUAAAGCAAAUAAUGCUGUUUCUAUGGACACAAGGAUACCAAAUUGUGGAUACCUCAGUAGGUCUCAAAACACCACUGCCUCUUUUUAAAAAGACAUUGUGGAUAUACAUAAAAUGUUUAAAAAUAAUGUUAAAAUGUGAAUGUUUCAUAUAAAAGAAAAAAAAAUGCUCUGUGAGUUGAGGCAUUUUGAAGUUCUGUACUGAUUCUUCAGUUUCUGAAUUUGAAAACACCUACAAUAUUUAAUUCUAGUACUUAAUAUCACACAAUAAGAAAAACAUAUUUUUGUGUGCUAAAGCAUAUGAACUUAUAACAUGUCCGUCUAUAUCAAGCUGUAGUGAACAAUUGGAAUACCAUUAUUUUCUCUGAACAUGUAAUAAUUAUUACACAGCAUACAUCAAAUGCGUUAUAAAAGUACUUUGAGUGAAAAAAUAUUGCAUUUCUCUACACAUUAAAUGGCAAAAUGCAUACGAUGCACAAUAUAUGUAGCUGUAAGUUAUUUUUGUAUAGUCAUUCUUAAAAUAUAGCUGUGUUUCCAUUUACGAGCCUUAGCGAUAUGUGUACAAAACAUUAAUUUCACCUUUGAUAUAUUUUAUCAUUUCUGUUUUAUCAUCAAGUGCUACAUUUACAGUGAUACAAUGAGGAGAUGAGUUUUUUAUGAUAUUAUGCUUUCAAUAUACACAUGAAUUGUACAAUGCAUUAUUGCACAAUCUUUUUUUGGUGUUAUUUGUCUGACACAAUAAAUUAAUUUUUGUUAUAAAGAUGUUUUUCAUCAUGUAAAUGAGAAUCUACCUAUAUUCAUCUAUAGUCAGGCUUUCUUUGGCAUAUGGGGCAAAUAUUCGACCCACAAAUCCAUGACGUGCCAAAGAUAGCAAAACAAAGUAGACAGCUUUGCUUCUCUGGACCACGGACUGGGAAAUAAGGACUGCCAACAUAUUCACUCCCAAUCUGUGGCCUAUCCCUGAAUUUUAAGCUUUGUUCAGAUGGGAUCUGGAAGAUGAGAAUCUGUUGCUGUUUGUAUGACUCCACCUUCUUUAUCAUUUCUUACUGUCAUUACAACUAUAUUGGUUCCAAUAAACUAUAUAGAUGGAUACAUGCAUAGCAUCUGAGGGGGUAAAAAAGGAAAACACAGUAUUGUGUUGUACAUCCGAUAACCUUACGAAGUAGUUUUGUGCAUGGCAAAGAACACAUGGUUUAUUUGAAGAAAAUAAAAACUUGUUUCAGGUGAUUCGGGUUUCGCUCAUAUGGUAUUUCGGUUGAAUUUCAUUCAAGCAGUUGCUAAGAAAAAAAAUAUUUGAAUGAAACAAAAUGUGUGAAAAUUGGGCAAAUAUUAUAUAUUAUGUACAUAAUUAGAACUACACUUAUAGCCUAAUUUUUGCACCAUUUGAUUCAUUAAGCGAGAAGAUGUAACCAAUAUAGGGAAAAAAGGAAGGAGC